CAUUCCCACAACGUCAUCGCUGCAACACCAACACCAAAACCCAUCGGGCGGCCUUGCCAUCGCUAGCCCAGACGUCAGAGACGGCAUCUUUGACCAACUACGACAGUCGCGGUCACGAUCCCAGGCCCGCACAACCACCGGCGGCGCCUAGCUUCCCUAGCAAAGCACUGGCAUAGACCCUGUGGACCCUGUUGGCUGCAGGCGUAAUGACUCCCAGAAGCACCGUUAUCGACUGUUCGUACGAUAAUCUGCGAAGUGAACUGACUCUGGACAAUCCGAACGGCUGCGUCUACCACCCCGAUCAUGACCCCGGACCUGCACAUCUACCUGCAAAGCUCCGCGUUAAUAUAUCGUCGGAGAUGAUGCGUCUACAUAGCUGGAAACGCCGUGAUCAUAAUCAUAACGUCAAUGGACGCGGUCCCGAUCUUCAACCUACAAAUACUCUACCAGAGCCUCACAUCUCGGUCGAACGCUCGUCGGGAAACGUGUUGGCCUCGGAGGUAAUGACCUCUUUGAUCAAUAUGCGCAAUCGUUCUGGGGGUGACUCGCGUGUGGAACCGACCGCCAUGCGCAACGACAGAAGCUGCCCACGCCUACGUCUUAACGUGGUGAAGGUUGCUAAGAACCUUAUUGGUAUGGCCUCUUCCCGUGUCAACAACGCAUAUAAAGGUCACGAACUCGGUUGCAACACCCCUGUGUCCGACGUAGGCGGUACAGGGACUAUACGAAAGAAAGCCGCUCGUCUCUAUCCAUCACUGAACGACGUAUUUCUUGUUCGUUUAUAUGACAGAGCUUUCAGUCCUAAGCUCAAAUGUUUUCCAGUCACACUGCUUGACGUUAUCAAUACGAAUGCUGCUGCUUCUCUCACGGGAGCUCAGCUAUGGCCGAAGACCUACCAUACCGUUUCUCGCUCGAAGGUCGUUUUCUUUAUAUAUACCAUACGUUUUCCUUUUGUCUUGGAGGGGAAGGGCUUCUCACGUUGUCCUCCUCCACCACCGGAGACGGAACCAUACACGACAGGGCAGACACAGUAGUUGCCAUGGCUUGACUCGAUUCUCACGGUCGUUCACGUCAUCGUAUCUACCGUCUUACUUCUUUUGAAGGUCUGUCCUUGAGUGCUGCCUUCCAAAACUCCAUUCGCCAGAAUCGCGCGUCUUUCUUUUGUUGAACCCGAAUACGUUACCCUCCUUUUGCGUUUGGCUUCCAUGUAUCUAGUUAGUAUCAAGACGGUCGUUACCUCAUCUGGACUCCCACAGGCACAGACCGCCAUUUGCUCUUACGUUGGUCGACUCCAUCAGGUUACUGUCGCAAAUCGAAGAAUGGCUUUCUCGGCCUGAUCAACUCUACAACAGCAGAUUUACGGCGAAGAUCCACCGGGUGAGCUGAAGUACGAAAUUACCAUCCAGAGUCGUGGCAAUCUCAAUGAACCCACUGCCUUCGCU